UUCCAGAUUUUCGAGCACGAAGUCCGUCACCCUCCCAAUGGUUGGAUUCCGUUUUUUUCUAAUCCUGGCCCUUACCAGCCCUACCUUUGCUGGCUUACUCCGGGGAAAUGAUGGGCGUGGACUCGGAGUCACGUACGUUGACGAAGAAGAUUACUAUUCUGAGACUACGACCACGAGCCUCUCUCCUGGAGUUCCAAGCGUCACUAGCACAGUCUCCGCCUCUUACAAGAGCGCUCCGGCGGCUGCCACUGUCGCCUCUGUCACCGAGGUCGAGCACACGGCUCCGGUAGGCUCAGUCACUACCACGGAAGAGGUCACCCAUGUCCAUCCCCCAGCUCCAGUUGCCACCGUCACCACCACAGAAGAAGUCACCCAUGCGCACCACUCUGUUCCAGUGGCAGCAGUCACGACCGCUACAGAGGUCACCGAGGUCGAGCAUUCUGCUCCGGUUCUAGCAGCGGCCCCUGAUGUCAAACCAGUUCACGUGGCCACUGAAGUUACGACGUUCGACGCCGCUCAUGCUGUAGCCAACUACCACGCCUCCCCAUCAGCGGUCACUUUUCACGCCGCUCCUACAGCAGCUGCAGUUACUCAUGUCUCCCCUGUCUUCACAACUGAAACACACGUGGCUCCAGUUUACUCUUACGGCGUGGGAUCUCUCGGCUACGGGACCGGAAACUACGGGUAUGGGCAUGGCUUGGGCGCCUACGGGCUCAACUACGGCUAUGGUCUCGGCGAUCCUGUGGAGUACGCCAUUCUCCUUCGUCGAAGAAAGUGAACGACACCAAGGAGCAAGAAGGAAGCAAUUCUGGGAAGUUUUGAGUUCAUGUGACAGCUAAUGGAGCAAAAACAACAGCACAAAAUGAACGUGUUCGUUGUCGCAUAAUGAAGAGAAAGUAUAUAAGCCUUGUAUUUAUUAAUCACUUGUUUCGUGCACGAGAACAUCUGAUGUGCUCAAAUUUUCAAACAAUAUUAAUAACAUUUAUGAGAUUCUCAGCAUCUGUGAUUCUUUCGGUACGGUUUCAGAGGCUUUUAUACACAGAAAUAACAAGCGUGUAUUUAUGUACACAACAGUAAGUAGUAGUUAAAAAAAUUUGAAGACUCUUUUUUGAAUAUUUUCCGUCUGUCUCCGCAUCAGAAAAUAAACAAAGUACCUACUUCCCUUU